CCGAGGCCGAAAGAGAAGAGAGACCCCGCCCCCCUCGAGGAGAGAAGCCGCAGCCCCUGCAGGACAGGGGUAAGAACCAGACCUUGAAGAAAUCAGACUUCUGGGUCCCCAAAGUGGGCUGGGGUUUGUUGAUGGCCUGGGUCGCUAUGGGUUCCCCAGCGGCUCCAGAGGGAGCGCUGGGCUACGUCCGAGAGUUCACGCGCCACUCCUCCGACGUGCUUGGCAAUCUGAACGAGCUGCGCCUGCGCGGGAUCCUCACUGACGUCACGCUGCUGGUUGGCGGGCAACCCCUAAGAGCACACAAGGCAGUUCUUAUCGCCUGCAGUGGCUUCUUCUAUUCAGUUUUCCGAGGCCGGGCAGGAGUCGGAGUGGAUGUACUCUCUCUGCCUGGGGGGCCAGAAGCCAGGGGCUUUGCUCCGCUUCUGGACUUCAUGUACACUUCAAGGCUUCGCCUCUCUCAGGCCACCGUACCAGCUGUCCUUGCGGCUGCCACUUAUUUGCAGAUGGAACAUGUGGUCCAAGCCUGCCACCGCUUCAUCCAAGCCAGCUAUGAACCUCUAGGCAUCUCCCUGCGGCCCCUGGAGGCAGAACCCCCAAGCCCGCCGACAGCCCCUCCACCAGGUAGUCCCAGGCGCUCAGAAGGACACCCAGACCCCCCUACUGAGUCUCGAAGCUGCAGUCAAGGCUCCCCGAGUCCAGCCAGCCCAGACCCUAAGGCCUGCAACUGGAAAAAGUACAAAUUUAUUGUGCUAAAUUCUCAGACUUCACAAGCAGGGAGCCUGGUUGGGGAGAGCUCUGGUCAACCUUGCCCCCAAGCCAGGCUCCCUAGUGGGGACGAAGCCUCCAGCAACAGCAGCAGCAGCAGCAGCGAAGAAGGACCCAUGCCUGGUCUCCAGAGCAGGCUAUCUCUAACUACUACCACUGCGCGAUUCAAAUGUGGAGCUCCAGCAAAUACCCCCUACCUCUUCACACCCCGCGCACAAGAGACUUCUGGAUCAACUUCUAAGCAGCCUCACCCACCACCAGGAGGUGAGUUUUUCGGCUGCCAGAACUGUGAGACUGUGGCCGGUUGCUCUUCGGGGCUGGACGCCUUAGCUCCAGGGGACGAGGAGAAGCCCUAUAAAUGCCAGCUGUGCCGCUCUGCCUUCCGCUAUAAGGGCAACCUGGCUAGUCACCGCACGGUGCACACAGGAGAAAAGCCCUACCGCUGCUCCAUCUGCGGAGCACGUUUUAACCGACCAGCUAACCUAAAAACGCACAGCCGCAUCCAUUCUGGAGAGAAACCGUACAAGUGUGAGACCUGCGGCUCGCGAUUCGUCCAGGUGGCGCACCUCCGCGCACACGUGCUGAUCCACACCGGAGAGAAGCCCUAUCCAUGCCCCACCUGCGGAACCCGCUUCCGCCACCUACAGACCCUCAAAAGCCACGUUCGCAUCCACACGGGGGAGAAGCCGUACCACUGCGACCCCUGCGGCCUGCAUUUUCGGCACAAGAGUCAACUACGGCUGCACCUGCGUCAGAAACACGGGGCCGCCACCAACACGAAAGUGCGCUACCACAUCCUCGGGGGGCCAUAGCUGGGUCCCCCCCACACCCGAACCACACUUGCUCCCUGGGGGCUGCAAAAGCUCCAGGCCCAGGCUUGGCUUCCCUGACGGGCUUAAUAUGGGAGUGUGCCAGGCCACUCUGGUAUCAGAAACUUCUGUCACCUUAAUUUCGUACUGGGGAGAGCAGGGGUGGCAGAUCCUGGCUAGAUCUGUCUCCGUUUUGCUGGUCAAAACCUCUUCCCCACAAUCCAGAUUGGGUAGCUAGGGGGCUGGGGAAAAGGAGAGACACAACUUGCUCUCUUCACGGGAACCGCCCCCCCCCCCCCCCAAUUUCAAAUGGUUUGUCUGUAAAUAUAAUUUAUUAAGGCCUGUGGGCGGCACAGGGCCUUUGUUCUGUUUGCAUUUCUGACUUGCCUCUUCCACAAGUGUGAUCAAAAGUGACCCGAAUCACAGAAGGUGAGGGCGCUGCUCUGCUGGCAGGGCGACCUAGCACUUGGCUCUCUCCUUUGUUUUUGUGGUGGCUUUUCUCUCUGGAAUCGUCCCUUUUCUGUCUGUCUGCCUGUUGGUUUGUCUGUCAGUUCUAGGACUGCAACCUUCAGCUUUCCUGGGGCAAACCCUGAGAACAUGGAAGAUUGGGUAAGGAAUCCUCUCUGGUAUUCCGAUGGUGCAACUCCUGUUAGCAGGCUAGUCAUAGAAAGAAACCUUUCAGGUCUGGGAGGGUGAUGGGAACUUUUUGAUGAACACAAAAUAUAGAUGAUAAAUUCCUCCUGAAGGUUGGGGAUGUGGGGGCUGGAUUCCUCCUCCUCCUCCUCAUUCUAAAUGGAUGUGGGUAGUCUUUCCUGCAACAAGGCAUACCAUCUAAACUGUUCCAUUGAGCUAUCCACCUGGGUUUGAAUGCACUGUGUCCAUCUCAGACAGAGCCUGCCUCAGGGUCUGAGCUGAGCCCAUGAUCCACUGGGACUGAGUUAGGAUCUCCAUGGGGAGAGAGCUAAAGAUCUGUACCAGAGAUUUUACGACCUGUUCUUAUCUGUCCAGUUCCUAAGAAUGUUAUGACCUCCAGAGAAUUAAUGACAUUCCUUACCUUGAAUACAAGUCUGACCCAUCCUUUAGUGCAUGAGCAGCUGGGUUGGAAUGUUCCUUAGGGUUCAAUAUGCCCCUUUGUCUUUGAAUAUGUUUUUGGACAGCUUCUGGAAAGUGUCCAGAUUACAAAACUUUCCUCUUUCAUGGGUGCUUGGUAGUUUUCUUACCUGGGAACCUGGGUCUGUGACUCAGUCUUCUCCCACUACACUCCUGUGUGCGACCAGUGAACGUACUGGACUUUACAGGGGAAGAUUAAAGGGGGCCGAGUUCCAUGCGACCAGUGAACGUACUGGACUUUACAGGGGAAGAUAAAGGGGGCCGAGUUCCAUGCGACCAGUGAACAUACUGGACUUUACAGGGGAAGAUAAAGGGGGCCGAGUUCCAUGCGACCAGUGAACAUACUGGACUUUACAGGGGAAGAUAAAGGGGGCUGAGUCCCAUGCUGGAUGUGUUGUCAUUGGAGGAUUAGUGUUUGGAAUUACGUGCUUCGAGGCUUUAAAAGACUGGUUGGUGGAUUGGCCAAAGGCCCCUUCUAUGUGAACAGGUUACCAGAUAGUGUAUGAGGUUAGCUGAGGGCUGCAGGUCCCGGUAUAGACCAUGUAGAUGAAAGUGUUAGGGAUGGAGUUCCCUGGUUAGACGGAGUGUCUGGAAUGUUAGACAGUAUUUGGGAGCCUUGAUUUAUAGUCCUGCUUCUUGCUGCCCUGAGACCUAUUUGAUGAUAGGACUUGGGUAAGAAGACUUGAAUUUGUAAGGCGGAGCUUCCAGAAUUAAGUCAGCUGAGGGCUGGUGAGCAAGCCAUUCCUCCCCUUUCCUAUCACCUGAAUGUAGAAUUGAAGGUGGGUGGGAACAGAGGAGAGAUUGAGAAGGUAUUAUGGUUUCUGUGUGGCGGACUGGAUGGGCAUGUGGGAAGUACCGGGGUGAGAUGUUAGCUCCUGCAAGAUCAGAUCCUUGGAAUAAAGAAGCCUCUCAUGCC